AUGUCUUCGGUUGUCUCUCUCGACAUUAACAGACCAAGUCUGACAAGAGUCUCCAGUAACAGAGUUGACUCUUCUUGCCCGCCUUCUCUCCCUAUCCAAAUCGCUGGCGGCACUCGUGGAUAUCCCAUUGACAUCCGUCUUUUCCGAGCCCAAGACUACAACGAUGACAUCAACCGAGAUCAUGUCCUCAUAUAUCUUUCUCCUCGACACCUGCUCGUGAUCAGAUGUGGGCUCGACCGUAUCAAAAGUCCUCCGAAUAUCUUGGCACAACCUUCAAUGCCUGACUCGACAAGAACAUUACCCAAGACUCACCUCUUCUAG